UAGUGAUUCAACGGUAUAUUCAAAGGUAAAAACAAUCCAUCUGAUUCAUUUUGGGUGGAGAAGAGUACAUAUUGCCUGUAAAAAAAAAAUUACAGUAAAAACUCGAUUUAUGGAAUUUGGUGUGUGUGGCGCUGAUUGACAUUGCAACGCGAGUAGUCGCAAGUGUUAAAUGAACGGAAAAAAAUUGGCAUCGCAAACAUUAAUUUUCGGCUUUAUUGAAAUUCAUCAUUUUUGUACAUUUUUCGAAACAUUUUCAUUCUAAUAAUAACGCCUGAAAUUAAUAUUUGAUGAAAUUAAAUUCACGAAAUACUUUUGUUCCAUCUACGACCGACGAGCAUUCUAUCUGGAGUUGCGUGUGUUGAAGUUGAUGAAUCAUCUGCGAAAAGUGCGAAGAGGCAAACAACAAGACGAAUUUCACGGCACGUUUCAAAAAAAGUGUAUUUGAGCGCGUCGUGCGUCCGAUGUGAACCGUGCCUCAAAUCGGCUUGACUGGAAACCGUUCAAAAUGGUUAUACAAAUUUGAUCGCUUUGCAGUAUACAUUUGCACUCACUCUCACGACAGUCACCACAGCUGGUGAGAGCGCAUCGAAACACGUCUCAAAUCGAAUGUUUUUAUUUGUACACACUUUUGUGUGAAGAGUGAAAAAAAAAGUUCGUUCAUACCCAAUAAUUAGUAAGGCAAAAAGUCAAAUAGGCAAAAGUAAUUUGCUCUCGCACGUAGUCAUAAUUUGAGUGAAGUGACAAAUGUCGGAAUAGUGUUAAUUUAAUUCGUCGAUAUUUUUUUUUUGAAAUAUCGCCGUAACCCCAUCGUUCAACAUCCAAUUCCAUCGAGAAGUUUCUAAAAAUAAAGCCAUCUCCAUAGACAGUGCUCUGAAACAAGUGAAAACUGCAGAAGAAAAAACAAUAUUUUUCACAUUUAAUUUGAAAAAAUCAAAUUGGAGUGGGAGAUUAUGUCAAAAUGAAGAUGGUGCAGUUUUAGUUGGUUGAGUGUUUGUAACACUUGCCACAUAUUGUGAAAUACCAUCUUCAAACCGAGAAAAAAUCCAUAAAAUCGCAAAAUUAUUCGCAAAAAUCGCUAAAUUUGUUGUAAAUUCACCCCAAAACCAUACAAACACAACCGAAUACGAAACGAGAAUGAUCAAUUGUGCACUGUACAGUGUACACUCAAUGUAUUAUCGUUCAAUAGAUCAACAUUUCAUUCCAGUUGGAUCUAAGCUUCAAGGCCACACUGCUGCUGUCAGUCGAAUGGCUUGCUGUUCCGCCAACACUUGAUACAGCAAACACACCGUAAACACAUCGUGAAAGUAGUCGCAGUGACAAAAUUGCCGAUCGUCUAUUUCAAAUAAACACAAACUCAACGGCAGCGGCAACAACAACAACAACAAUAACAACAACACCGACGACGACAACGACAACAACGACGGCUGUAGUUUAACACAACAAACUACAAACAUCGAUUCAACCAUAACACGACAUUGUUUUGACGAACUGGCGGACACAUAAACAUGCGAUUUCUUUUUGAAUAUUUUAUGCUAAUCCUACUGGUGAUUCUGUUGGCUAUUUCCUAUGUACCAUUUGCAUCGGCUACAUAUGAAUUGCCCGAACCACAGCAACGUUUACCCUUUUGUGACGAUGAUCGAGCACAACAGACCAACCGCAAUGCUGGGUUAUUGUACGUUUCAACGUUAGACGGCAAAAUAUCGGCGUUGGAUAUUUUGGAUGAUGGCCAAAAGAAGUGGACAAUCAGCACAACGCCGGGUCCAAUGAUUUCGUCCAGCAUACAAAAUUUGGAAUUGACCAACAAUGGACAAUGGGUGAGAAUGAUACCAUCGCUCAGCGGCGCUAUUUACAAGUUUGAUGGUGAAACGGUCGAACCAAUUCCAGUCACAGCUGACAAUUUACUUAGUUCAUCGUAUAAAUAUAGCGAUGAUUUGGUGAUAUCAGGUGGUAAAGAAACGAUUUCGUACGGUGUGUCAGCACAGAGCGGGCAAAUAAUUUACGAGUGUUCGAUGCGAGGAUGUGUGAAUAGUACUGAAAUUGAUGCGGAUGCGACUGACAGCGGAAGUGAAUUGCCACCAAAUGAUACAGCAUCAUCGCCACCGCAGACCGAUGAUGAAGUGAUAGUUGUGCGUCGCAAAACGCAAAUAGUACGAGCUAUUGAGCCAAGAACGGGCGAAGAGCGAUGGAAUUUUAGCGUGGGACAACACGAACUGGAAUCGAUUCGAUCAUCCGGUGAUUGCCAUUUAUCGAAUCAAAACAGUGCUCAUGAUAUUUUAACCAAUUUGGACGUAAGAGUGGUUGUACCCGACGGUAUCAUUUGUGCGGUGCAGAAAAAUGCACCGCAUGAAAUCGUAUGGAAAUACAAAUUCGAUCAUCCUAUUGUGAAUGUGUGGAAACGUGAUGAAAAUAAUGAAUUGAAAGCGGUUGAUCUAUUCAAAGCGGUGCAAGGAAUGUGGCGAUUCGAAGGGAAAUCCUGGACACAAUCAACUGACCCGUCUAUAUUCAAUAACAAUGGUGACGAAAUGGCUAAGAUAACACCGUCCAUCUAUAUCGGAAUGUUUAGGCGUCAGUUGUACAUUCAGGAGAGUGAUCAAUUGCGUGCGGCACAGGUGAAUGUCGUUAAUCACAUGGUUGGCGAUGAUGCGACCGAAACAACGAGCUUCAAACGAAUCCCUUGGCGACCAAUCGAUGCUCGUAGUAGUUCGGGAUUGGUACAAAUUGAGCAUGAAAGUGCCGAAGACACUUCACUGGUCACCACAACCUCGAGCGAGGAAAUGAGACAAAGGAAAAAGAACUAUUCAGCAACGGCCAUUUCUGUGCUGUACGGCUCCGAAUAUGUCAAUGGGAACGGGUUUUAUUUGUAUGCCAAAGCAACCGAAUCAAAAUGUGACAAAGAAAAGGUGUCAAAUGACAGUUCAGAAGAUGUGAAUUUCGGAAUUGAUGAAACGAAUUCAUCCGAAGAUGGCGAAACAUUCCGUACACCUACUUUGAUUAGAUUCAUCUCAUUGUGGUACUGGUGGCGUGAAAUUAUCUUAAUUGUAUUAUCGGUGCUUGUUUUCAACGUUGUUUUAACGCAACGCAAACCAAGCCAACCAGAAGUUGUGGUAGUCGAACGACAUGUGGAAAUAAAGGUUCCGGCCACACCUGAACCAGUCGACAACAAUUUCCUAUUGCCGGCCAUCGAAUACCAUGAAAAACGAAGUCUGUCUGAAUCGAACUCCAGCGAAACGGAACCCGAAUUUAAAUCGCGUUUUCAAACCGAUUUUGAUUUGUUGCAGUGCUUGGGAAAAGGUGGUUUUGGUGUCGUUUUCGAGGUGAAAAAUAAAAUCGAUGAUUGCAACUAUGCGAUCAAGCGAAUAGUUCUGCCAAAGAACAAGCAAUCCCGUGAGCGUGUCAUGAGAGAAGUUAAAACAUUGGCAAAUUGUGAACAUCAUAAUAUUGUUCGGUAUUUCCAAGCGUGGGUUGAGUCUCCGCCACCGGGUUGGCAGGAGAAAGAGGAUCAAGGAUGGAUGGAUCGCUAUGCGAUGUCACAUUCAAUUGAUAUUGAUUCACCGUCAGCCGAGGAACCGUCGAAACCGUUCGGAUGGAAUGCACCGCCAAGCAAUGUUCGCAGCCAUCUGUACAAUAAAAAUAAGUUGGAUUUCGUGAUCUCAGGUCUACAAACCAAUGAAUGUGUUAAUUUCGAUGAUGAAAUUCGCAAGACAAACUUUAGCUCACUUGGCAAACCGGACAAUGAUGAUGAUGACGACGAUGAUUCGUUCAUUGUCUUUGCAGCCGAGGAUAAUGAGCAGGAAGAGCCCAGCAAAGCCACAGAAGCGACUGAAACGAGCAGCGGUUCAGACGUGAGCAGUGAUGCAAAAGACGAAAAUAGUAGUGGAUUAAAUUCAGUAUUUGAACCGUCCGGCCGGUCCAGUACUUCGGGCAAAGUGCCACGCCACCGAAAAUUGAAAACACGCAAAGAUUUGUACAAAAAUCUUGGCAUGAAGAAACGAAGCUACUCGAUGACGGACAGUGCAUGCGCUUCCAUGAAAAUGGACUGUGAGAUUGAUAUGAGUUUUGCAAAUGAUGCGUGCUGCGUGAUUUCCGAGAAAGGCGACGAUGGCGAUAAAGAAAAAGUUCCGUUUAAGCGAACACACCGAAGGCCGUUAUCAUUAGAUUUAACCAGCACCGGAUCAGUUCAAAUUCCAAUGGCAUCGAUUGCAACGCCAUUGGUAUCGUCCAUGUCAUAUCUGUACAUUCAAAUGCAAUUGUGCCGAAAGCAAAGUCUCAAAGAUUGGCUCUUCGAAAAUGGUUCUUAUGUGCGGGAAAACGAAAGCCAUGCCAUUUUCAAGCAAAUCGUUGAAGCCGUGGAAUAUGUUCAUCUCAAGGGACUCAUUCAUCGUGAUUUAAAGCCCAGCAACAUAUUCUUUUCAUUGGAUGGCCGCAUCAAAAUUGGCGAUUUUGGCCUUGUAACCGACAUGUCGGAGAAUUUGAAAUCGAUAACUCCAUGCGGUGACGAAAGCGGUUUGCCAUCGUGUGCCAAGCACACGCAACAAGUGGGCACUCACCUUUAUAUGUCACCCGAACAGCUGCACGGUCGCCAAUACAGCUACAAAGUUGAUAUCUAUUCGCUGGGCUUGAUUCUCUUUGAAUUGCUCAUGGUAUUCAGCACCGAAAUGGAACGAAUCGAAACCAUUAAAAUGUUGCGUUCGAAUCGUUUUCCAGAUGGUUUUCAGGAUAAAUUUCAGCAUGAAUAUGAACUUUUGAAGCUGAUGCUGUCGAAAAUACCGCAAGAACGUCCAACCACAUACGGCAUUCGAGCACGGCCACCAUUUUUAGAGCCAACGGAUGAAAUGUACCAUUUCGAGUUGCCGCCUCGUCGUCGUGAUAGCCAGAGCUUCGGCAGCUCGCUCAGCAGCAGUGCUUCUCUUAACAACUCGAGCUCUUCAAACAUGAAAUCAUCGAAUAAGUGAAACGAGGAAAAAAGACAAUUUUCAUUUCAACUUCAUGAAGUUCAUUACAAAUUAUCCCUAGUUAAGUGUCAUUAUUUUUUGUCUCCGUAGUUGAAACAAACAAACGAAAAAAAUGAUUGUCAAUUCCAAAUGUAUUAAAUCACAUUACAUUUCAAAGAUUCCGCAGCUGCCAAUUUUUUUUGAAUUGCAUUGUGGUUGAUGUCCAUUUGGAAAUUUGUUAAUUUUUUUUUUUUGAAGAUUCGAGUCUUGAAUUUGUUUGAAAAAAAUAAUGUGAUGAAUUUAAUUAUGAUUCCCAGUAGAUAGAUUUACUGAACAUAAAAUAUUUUUAAAAAAGAAAAUAAGGAAAAACUAAAUCGAUGAUAAGAAUAAAAUGACAAAUUGUUGGCUAA